CUGAAGGCACUGACGCGACAGCCGACAGAAGAUGAAGUCAUGUGACAUUUCGGUCAGCUGACAUCAUUGACGCUGAGGAAGACGACAGACAGCAAAAUGAUCAAAUUGCUCGACAAAUUGCCAUCUGAAGAAUGUCCUAAACUCAUGCACAGGGUGGUGGAUGGGGUGUGCGGGCGGAGUGGUCCGAGGCAAACAGAUUACAGUGAUCGGUGGAGUCUGACAGAAUGGGUGGAGUUAAUGAACACUCUCUCUUCUCUCAUCCGCUUUGCUGUAGGAAGGGGCUGCUCAGAUCAAGAGAUCCAGGAACUGCUGAGUGAUUUGGCCACAGCACGGGCUGAGGCUGUUGUCCAGUGUGUGCGGUCCAGGUUUGAUGAGAUCAGACAUGCUCUGGUGGAGAGAACUAAUACCAUCUCUAGCACACAGCUACAGGACUUUAACUGGCAGUUAAAGCUGGCAUUAUCCAGUGAUAAGCUGUCAGCUUUAAACACCCCUCUGCUAAAUCUCAGUCUGGACCUGAAAGAGAAUGGACUUCAGAGAUCUGUGAAUAUAGAAAUGAAUAAAGAGGAGCUGCAAACUCUCAUCAGUUCACUAGAGGCUGCUAAUAAGGUGGUGCUGCAGUUGAAAUGAAGAUACCAACCUGUACAUUUCCUUAUAAAGAUGAUUCUGUGCCAUCUGCUGUCAAAGAGAGGAUUUCUG